GACCGCAGCAGCGGCGCAGAAAGCACCAAUCAGCGGCGAAACCACGUCCUGGUUUGGAUCUAACUCCCCGUGAGUGGCGGAGACUUUACCCGAAGCACCGACGGCGCUGCCGUGACUCCACCGUACCCCUGUCUCUGAACCGACCGACCGACCGACCGACAUGCUCUUCCCGGGACUCUCCGUGUCUCUGCUGGCCGUGUCCUGCGCUCUGUGGCCGGCUGCGGCGGUCCGGGCUGCGUCCUGCGAGUCGGUGCGGAUCCCGCUGUGCCGGUCCAUGCCGUGGAACAUGACCAAGAUGCCGAACCACCUCCACCACAGCACGCAGGACAACGCGGUGCUGGCCAUCGAGCAGUUUGAAGGGCUGCUGGGUACCGGCUGCAGUCCGGAUUUGCUCUUCUUCCUGUGUGCCAUGUACGCUCCCAUCUGCACCAUCGACUUCCAACACGAGCCCAUCAAACCGUGCAAGGCGGUGUGUGAGCGGGCAAAGAAUGGCUGCGAGCCGGUGAUGAAGCGCUACAACCACAGCUGGCCCGACAGCCUGGCCUGCAGCGAGCUGCCGCUGUAUGACCGCGGAGUCUGCAUCUCACCGGAGGCCAUCGUCAAGGCAGACGGACCAGAUCCAUACUACCAGGACCCAGCCAGGUGUAACCCAGAAUCCAGUCCAGACUUCCUAAUGGACUCCAACAACCUUCACUGCAGAGGACCAAAUGGAGAUCGCUGUAAGUGUAAGAACGUCAAGAUGAAUUUGAAAAACUAUGAGAGGAACAACUACAACUACGUGAUCCGAGCGAGGGUGAGGGAGGUGAGGAACCGCGGCCUGGAGCCCACGGCGGUGGUGGAGGUGAAGGAGGUGUUCAAGUCUUCGCUGGUCAACAUUCCCAAGGAGACGCAGACGCUCUACUACUCGUCCUCCUGCCUGUGUCCUCCACUUGUUCCUGGGGAGGACUUCCUCAUCAUGGGCUACGAGAACGAGGAGACGUCCAGGUUGCUCCUGAUUGACAGCUCCAUUGCUCAAAGGUGGAAGGAAAAGAUGGGCAAGAAACUCAAGAGAUGGGACCAGAUCGUGCGGCGGAAAAGCCAAAGUCGCCACUGAGAUCUGAGAGCGUGUGUUUGAGUGUGAAUGUGUGAGAGUGUGUGUAGAUAUUGCACUAUCACAGGCUGUUGUAGCUGAAUGUAGUUCAUCUCUUCAUCUAUCAGACUGUUUGAAGUCUGAUUUCUGUCAGUAUUUUCUUUGCACAAAUGUAUGUGUGCGUGUGUGUGUCUGUGUGUGUGUGUCUGUGUGUGUGUUUGUGUGUGUCCGUCCGUGUCCUACGCACAACAUGACACUUUUUGUGGAACAAAUGUUUUCUUUUAAGUGUUAAGUGUUGGCUCCACAGCUCCUCUCCAUGGUCACAGUCUCUUAUAAUCCCGGAUGUUGGCCAUGUGACUUGCAAACAAUGUUUAAUUGAGGACAUUCAAACAACACAAAAGCCAUUUGGACUUGGACAUUUUGGACUAUGACAGAUAUGUAGUGAUGACCUUAACUUCAAUGAACUCCAAAAAAAGGAAAGAAUAACAUUCACAGCAACAGGAGCAAGAAGACCAUCUGCAACAAGAACAGCAGAAUGUGGGCAAACAGAGUUUACUUCUUCUGUAUUGUUGGAUGUGGCGUUGUCUUAGAUUGUACAGAUGUACUUAGUGAAGUGUAUAGAGACAGGGAGCAUUUAAGUCCCGCCCCCACCGGGGGGGAAAACAACCCUCCGCUCUACAUCGACUUGUUUUAAGUGAAUGUUCCCACCGCGUCAAUUACGUCUGCUAGCAAUCAACAGAAACAUGCUUAAAAGCUGCGUGUGGUGAUAUUCACUACCAACAAUGUAAAGAACCCAGAACUUAAGUUUUCAUAAGCUGCUGACCU